CACACCCCCACACUCACCCACGCUCAAAAAUUUGUGGACGAAAAAACCGGCAAGAAAAAGGACACUGUCCUCAUCUCUGUCGAUCGUUGCUAUUCCUUCCCCGCUCAGGAUUGUUAAAGCAGUAACGUACAUCCCUCUGGACGAUUUCUGAAUAUAAUCGCUUCCACCUCUUUUUUAAUCGUAUAAAAGCUGGGUCAUUGAUAUUAUUAUUAUUAUUAUUUGGUAUUCUGUGCCAGGGGUGUUGUAGUUUGUUGUUGUACGCGUUCGUGCGGUGAUCUUAAGGUGAGUCGUGUUGGUGGUUUGGGUAAAUGGUUUUAGUCUUUUUAGAGACGUUGGGGGAUUAGUAUUGUUGAGGAGGAAGAGGCGGAGGAAGGAGGAAGGAGAGGAGUUGUUGAUGAUAUGGGCGAUUUGGGCAAUUGGCGGAAAUUGGACAGUGAAACAGUAUGAGAGGGAGUGGAGGGUGUCAGAGGAUGCACGCGGUUGUUCCAGUGCGGGAGGAGGUGUUGACGAAGGAGAAUAUGGAGCGUGGAGCGUCGAAAAAGGAUGUGAGAGAGGAAGACUGGGUGAAGGAGGUGCUGGAAGGGGGAUCGUUGCGGAAUGUGGAGCUUGAGGAUGGAGAGCACGGAUGGGCGUCGCCCCAGGCAAGUUUGUUCAUGGUGCGCGGGCUGAAUUAUUUUCAGAAGAAGUUGAAAACGCCGUGCUCGGAAGCGCUGCUGGAACCCUUGGGCGUGGAUUGGUUGCGCUCCAACGGAAAGCUGGACCACGUGCUGGCCCAUCCUGGUAACAGGGUGAUGCAAGCGUUUGAGAAGGCGAGCGGAGAAGCUCGGAAAACAUCCUUCAUCGUGGCUAUCAAUUUGCAGGUCCCAGGUAAGGAUCACCACAGUGCCGUGUUCUAUUUUGUGACGGACGAGCCCAUUGUGGAGGGCUCCUUGUUAUACCGGUUCAUCCACCAAGACGAUGCGUUUCGGAACAGCAGGUUCAAGCUAAUCAAUCGGAUUGUGAAGGGCCCAUGGAUCGUCAAAACGGCAGUAGGGAAUCAUGCCGCAUGCCUGUUGGGCAGAGCUCUCACAUGCCGGUACAUGAGAGGACACAACUACCUGGAAAUCGACGUAGAUAUCGGCUCCUCCACUGUAGCGAAUGCGAUCUUGCAUUUGGCUCUGGGUUACGUUACGACCGUGUCCGUUGACAUGGCCUUCCUUAUCGAGGCCCAGAGCGACGAGGAGUUGCCCGAGAAGCUGCUUGGGGCGGUACGCAUCGCCCAAAUAGAGAUGGAGACGGCUUCUUACCUUGAGGUUCACCAUGAAAACAGCGCUUUACCCAGCCACCACCAGCCGGUAUACCAAUCCAGCUUGUACUGGCGCAAAUUUGGCAAGAGUUUGUCUAAAUUCGGCGGCCAUGGGAGCAAGAAUGGGAGAGUUGAUGCAGAAGACGUUGGAGAGAAAUAAUGUAGUUGAUGAUAAUGACGAUAGACACCCGAAAAAUCUCACCUUCGAUCGUUUUGAUGGAAAGUUCUCAGGCUCUCUACUUGCCUGGUGUAAUUAUUGGUGAAGGAUGCACAAGUGAGGUCAUGAAGCUCUGCUGCUCAGAGUGAGCAUUCGAUAAGCACAUUCCUAAUUUUGUAGAACUAUGCAACAUUCGUAGUGUUUCGAUCGAAUACGAGAAGCUAACUGAAUUCUCAAGCUUCGGCAUGUAAAACGAAGGCCAUUCUCUAUACAUCUCUGGCAACGUCCAGAGUACCACGGAUAACCGAUUAUUCACA